AUGUCGUUUCGUCCUCGCAACCCGUACUACCUUCGAAUAUCCAAGAAAGAUGUUUUGGCUAUCUAUUUGUACCUCGACGAUAGACAUGUUGAUUGGAUGAAUGAUAUAAUUUUGCAACAUGUCCUCGAAGAUCUGAGGCCAAAGAUAAUACCUAAGCUACAAGCAGAGGUGGAUCUUACCUCGGGAACAGGCGGACUUCCAUCGACGAAGAAGGCAACUGUAGAAACUCAUCGAGGAGAGACCUAUCAAUUCUGUUAUUUCUUUCGUAAAACUCAACCUCACACCGUUGUUCUCAAGACGCGUACAUAUACGGCGGCACCUCCACAAAAACAAAAUAUGAUGCUUCCGCCAACCAUACCAGCGAAGGCAAUGAAAAGAAAAUCCAAAACAGGCGGUGUUAGUCAAAUAUUGCGUAAAAAGCAAAAGACCAAGGGGAAAAGUAGAGCCAUCGAUGAUAGUGAAUCGGAAGAACCUUUGUCUGAAGAAUACGCCGAGGUCAACAAUACAUCCGGUGCUACACCAGGGAUAAGACUAAGGCAGACUGCUGCUCUGGAUCUUGACGGAGACUCUCAUAUGCGUGAGGGAGACGACGAGAAUGAUGAUGAUGAUGACAACGACGAUGAUGAUUAUAUUCCAAAACCUCGAAAGAACGAAAAGGCGCGAGCUAAAACGAUACAUUUUUCGCUAGAAAUCGAAGACGACGAGGAAGAAAAGCCAAAACCUUUAUUGCACCUUAAAUACCAAGGAUUCAAAAUACUAGGCAGCUGCUUAUGCAUUGUUGUUGAACCAUGGCCACCCCUACAUGCAUCAUCGCGUGCGCCGUCCAUUCUACGAUCUACUCCUCGUGCUCCUAGCAUUGCCCCGCGAGAUUUUGUUACAGCCAAUGAAGCUCGGGCCCGGUCAAAGACACCUCUCUUUCUUCCUGACCCUGAUGAGCGGGAUAGAAGUGCGACACCGUUCCCAGAUGCUAUUCAUGUACGCCCAUUUCCGUUGUAUGAUAAUGAGGGUGUGGAUGAGGACAUGGAUGAUGCUGACUAUGGAGGGAUGAUGGAAUUCAGUCAAAUACUCAACGCAGCAGGUGAUGUUCGUGCAGGUGCUUUGGAUGACGAUGAAGAUAUGGAAGGAGCAGUCUUUUUUGGAGACGCAGAUGAAAUUAGGGAGUUAUGA